CCUUUUUCUUACUAGGGUUUGAAGUAGAAGAAGAAAGAGAGAGCACAACGAGAGACAGAGAGAGUUAUAGAGAGGUGAUGGGAGUUGUAUGGAACUGAUGUUGUUGCAGUAGAAUGAGGUGAAUUCGUUAUUGCAUUGUGCUUUGAGUGAGCAAUGGGUCUCUGCAAUUCCAAACCCUCCCCAAAACCUAAUCCUUACGCCGGGAGAGAAGAAGAGCGGGUUGAUGGAGAGCCUCCCAAGACUCCUCCUCCAACUGAUACCGUUAAUGGAGGAACUGAAAAUCAUCAACAACAACAACCACCACCAUCCCAACAGCAGAAAGAGGAUCUGGAGGUUGUAAAGAAGUCACCUUUCUUCCCUUUUUACAGUCCAAGUCCUGCUCAUUACUUGUUCUCAAAGAAAUCUCCAGCGAAUCCUAGCUCAAACUCUACGCCGAGGAGGUUUUUCAAGCGUCCCUUCCCACCGCCGUCUCCGGCCAAGCACAUUCGGGCGCUAUUGGCGAGGCGUCAUGGGUCGGUGAAACCGAACGAGGCUGCUAUACCUGAAGGGAGUGAGCCGGAGGCCGUUGCUGGGCUUGAUAAGAGCUUUGGAUUCUCCAAGCACUUUACGAACAAGUAUGAGCUUGGGGAUGAGGUCGGGCGUGGGCAUUUUGGGUAUACUUGCGCCGCUAAGUUCAAGAAAGGGGAGCUCAAGGGCCAGCAGGUUGCCGUUAAAGUCAUACCAAAAGCCAAGAUGACUACAGCCAUUGCCAUUGAGGAUGUGAGGCGGGAGGUGAAAAUCUUAAGAGCUUUGACGGGACAUGGCAAUCUAGUGCAGUUUUAUGAUGCAUACGAAGACCAUGACAACGUUUAUAUAGUGAUGGAGUUAUGUGAAGGAGGAGAGCUCUUAGAUAGGAUUCUUUCAAGAGGUGGGAAGUACUCAGAAGAUGACGCAAAGGCAGUUAUGGUGCAGAUAUUGAAUGUUGUUGCAUUUUGCCAUCUCCAGGGUGUGGUCCAUCGGGAUCUUAAACCAGAGAAUUUCCUUUUCAGUUCUAAGGAUGAAAACUCACAGUUGAAGGCCAUAGACUUCGGUUUAUCAGAUUUUGUCAAACCAGACGAAAGGCUUAAUGACAUUGUAGGAAGUGCAUACUAUGUCGCACCUGAAGUCCUUCAUAGAUCUUAUGGUACAGAGGCUGAUGUAUGGAGCAUCGGUGUGAUAGCUUAUAUUCUUCUAUGUGGGAGUCGUCCCUUUUGGGCCAGGACUGAAUCUGGAAUUUUUCGAGCAGUCCUAAAAGCUGACCCAAGUUUUGAUGAGCCACCAUGGCCUACUUUAUCUUCUGAAGCAAAGGACUUUGUCAAGCGCCUAUUGAACAAAGACCCACGCAAAAGAAUAACUGCUGCUCAAGCUCUCUGCCAUCCUUGGAUUAGAAAUUACAAUGAUGUAAAAGUAUCCCUUGAUAUUCUAAUAUUCAAACUCAUGAAAGCAUACAUGCGUUCAUCAUCUCUGCGGAAGGCAGCUCUGAGGGCGCUGUCUAAAACAUUAACUGUGGACGAACUCUUUUAUCUGAAAGAGCAGUUUGCGCUAUUAGAGCCAAAUAAAAAUGACAGCAUAAACUCAGAAAAUGUUAAAGCGGCCUUGAUGAAAAACGGAACGGAUGCAAUGAAAGAGUCUCGUAUCCAUGAUUUCCUUGCACCGCUACUUGCACUUCAGUACAGAAGGAUGGAUUUUGAAGAGUUUUGUGCUGCGGCACUAAGUGUGCAUCAGCUUGAGGCACUUGACCGUUGGGAGCAACAUGCUCGUUGUGCAUAUGAACUCUUUGAAAAGGAUGGGAACAGAGCAAUCAUCAUUGAUGAACUUGCUUCGGAACUUGGACUUGGUCCAUCCGUACCAGUCCAUGCCGUUCUCCAUGAUUGGAUAAGGCACACCGAUGGGAAAUUGAGCUUCCUUGGGUUUGUCAAAUUGUUGCAUGGGGUAUCAAGUCGAACUCUAGCAAAGGCUCAAUAAGUUUAAAAGAAGAAAUAUAUAUAUGCCUAUGCAUGUAGAACUCCAGGAGUUACAGUUCUGCCACAAUGUCUGGCUGAUGGAGUCAAAGAGGUGGUAGUUUACCAGUGUCGACAUGAAACCACAAACGCACUUGGUGGAAAUAGCAGAUGUUGUUCAAAAGCUUGGGUAUACGGUAUACCAGGAAUUGUUGGGGAGGAGGGGGAUCAAGGAGGUUUUGCGGCUGUCCUUGCAGAGACAGAAAUCAGUAGUUGGUGUAACUUUUAGUUAGGUGUGAUUUGUGGCAGAGAAUAUUUGUAAAUGAUCUCUGUUGCACAAGGCACAAUAUUUGUAAAUGAUCUCUGUCCGAUCGGUUCAUCCUGUCCUAACCUUGGUUCCAUUGUAUUGUCUCUGUGUCAUUACUCCCUACUCAAUCAAUCUGUCUGGAACUGCUAAAUUUCCUUUCAGAGUCGAAAUGAGAAAUCUCCUUUUGUCU